AUCCAAAGCCAUUUCCCUUCACAUAUCACAAAUCCAUCCAAACCACAUCAAACACCCAACAAAGCCUGAAACAACACCAACACAAUUCAAUUCUCAAACCCAAGAAUGGCCUCCACUGCUUGCUUCUUGCACCACCAUGCACUCACCACUUCCACUACUGCUAGAUCAUCAUCAGCAUCGUCGCAGCGCCAUGUCUCAAGCAUCACGCCUUCCCACCUAGUCUGCCGGGCCCAGAACCAGAAGCAGACACUACUCCAAGAGGAUCACACUGCUAUGUCUCGCAGAUUGGCUCUCACAAUUCUCAUUGGUGGUGCUGCUAUUGGCUCCAGGGUUGCACCUGCUGAUGCUGCCUAUGGGGAAGCUGCCAAUGUUUUUGGGAAGCCAAAGACAAACACAGACUUCUUGCCAUACAAUGGAGAUGGGUUCAAGCUGUCAAUCCCAUCAAAGUGGAAUCCAAGCAAAGAAACGGAAUACCCUGGUCAGGUUCUUAGAUAUGAAGACAACUUUGACCCCGCCAGCAAUAUUUCUGUCAUGGUCACUCCAACCGACAAGAAGUCUAUCACUGAAUUUGGUCCACCUGAGGCCUUCCUCUCCAAGGUGGAUUAUUUGCUAGGGAAACAAGCAUACUCUGGCAAAACACAGGCCGAGGGAGGUUUUGAUACAGAUGUUGUGGCAAGUGCUAACAUAUUAGAAUCUUCAACUCAAGAGAUUGGUGGGAAACCGUAUUACUACUUGUCUGUGCUGACAAGGACUGCUGAUGGAACCGAAGGUGGCAAGCACCAGCUGAUCACGGCUACUGUCAAAGAUGGUAAGCUCUACAUUUGCAAGGCGCAAGCUGGAGACAAGAGGUGGUUCAAGGGUGCAAGGAGAUUCGUGGAGAAUGCUGCUACCUCUUUCAGUGUUGCCUAAGUAAUUAACAUGCAAAAAUGUAUCCGAAUCAACUUGGUAUAUGAAGAAUGUUUGUUUUGAAUCAUUCGUCAAGCGCUUAUCUUUGUAUAUUUUCCUCUGUAAGUCGAUAGAAAAUGGAGUCAGUUUGGAGGAAGCUGUGUUUGUUAUCGGUUUGUGAACAAGGACCCCUUUUGAAUGA